AUGCAUGGCUGGCGUUGGGAGAUAUGGUUAGUUUUUUGCAUGGGCGGCCAGACAGGCAGGAAUCCAAUCUACGCACGGAUGGAUUUGUUGGUUGAGCUGCUCACAAUGUGCCCACAGAUCGGCAUGAUCGAGAACGAACAGAAAGAAGACCGGGACACCCACUGGUAUAUAGAUGGUCAAUGUGAAGAACGUUUCCAAAUUUCUACAACCCUCACGCUCGCGCUUGCGCAACAUGUUUCUCCCCACCCAUCCACACUCGCCUUACUCAACGCUCUUCACAAUCGCAAACAGGCAACUCGCGCACGCACUUCUCAGCGGCUAUGGCACGCGUUUGGUGACUCGUUCUUUUCGGUUAGUUCGCCGGCUUCCGAAAUCUUGUUGCAGUUCUUGGGACGUCGAGUAAAGGUCUGUCCCUGUUGGCUUAUAAGUUUUCGUUGCCUUUGCCUAACUUGGAGGGGGAACCAGAUCCUGAACAAGGGCAAUCUGGUGUGGUGGCAGUCGGCGGACGAUUCAAGGUAA